CUCCUCUUCUUCUUCUCUUCUCUUUCUUUCUUUCUUUUUUUCUUCUUCUUCUUCUUCCUCCCUUUUCCCCAUCUCGUCGAAUUUAUAAUUCAAUUAUGAGAGGCUUAAGGAGUAGCCCUUUCUUUUCCAUUUUUUUUUCACGCGUCCAAUAGUAUUCCAACUCGAAUUCAAGGAACGUCUAACGUUUUUCCAAUCGUUAUCCAAUCGUUCUUUUAAAUCUCGCCCAUCGCAUUCAUUCGCUUUCUCGAAUCGUCGUCGAAUCGAAGGGUUUUCUUGGCUGUGCAAGAAACCGUUCCUCCUCCUCAUUCGUAGAUUCCGUUCGAUUUUGAAGCACCGAAAGCAGGUGGCUCGGCUUCGCUACUUAAUUCGAUUUAUCUCUCGCGAAGGGGUCUCCAGACGAAAUCGCGCGGUGAGGGUGGUGGUCCUCGACGCGAGCCAGGCAAAAGGGUGGGGGCAAAGGGUUUGCUUCCUAUCAGCUACACUUGAACGCACACCCUUACUCUUUGGAAAUCGAAGAGCGAGCGAGCGCGCGCGCGCGAGCGUACACGUCGGAUAGAAGAUUCCUAAAUGGCUGCCACUAUCGAAAGGGUGAGAUCGAUGGCGGGCCCAAUGAAAACCUCGGAAAAUCACCCUCGUAUUCUCAUCUCAAACCUUCGAUUUCUCUGUCUCUCUCUCUCUCUCUCACACACACACACACAUACACUUCUUCUCUCUCUGUCUCUCUGUAUAUAUAUAUGUAUGUGUGUGUAUUUGGUAGAUUGGCGACGCGCGAAUUAAGUAUCCUUGACUUAUGUCUUUCGACUCGAGAACUGUGGUUGUAAGUGUGUUUUGUUUGAGAGAACGAUUGGUCGAAAGCAACGUGAAUGUUGAUUCAUGAUACGUACGAGGUUCUAUCGAAUGUUUGCGAGGAGCGAUUAAUGUAAGAAUGUGAGAAUGCAUGCGGAAUUGGAACGGAAAUGGUAGGCCAAGACAAAGCGUGAGGCGAAAGAAGGGAUGAACGAUGAGUGAUUGAGAGCAGAGUGUAUCGAGAAGUAGAGAGAGAGCAGGUUGUACGAGAAAUAGAGCGAGUAGUUAAAAUAAACACUUAUUUUGUUAGUUAGAUAAGAGAGUUGUUUUCACUUUCUCAACUCAAAGUUCUGCUAUCGUAAAAAUUAUAUAUAUAUGUGUGUGUGUGUUUGUAUCUUUCUUUUUCUUCUUUUAUUUGAUUCCAUUUCUUAUUUCUUCGUAUUCUACUUAUGAAUUACUAUGAAAUUUUUUUCGUCGAUUACAAGAAAAGAAACAUUUCGCGAGUUUCUUCGAAAAGAAGAAGCUCGUGAUUUUUUGAAGUCUGUAUUACUCGUUGACAGGAGGAGGAAGAGAAGAGGAGGCGGUCCUCUCUUCCUCUCGACUGUCGACAGGUACUCGGUUCACAGAAAACGACGUGAAAGGCAGCGUAGCCUUGUUCGUUCAUGCGCACGAAUACGAACGCUACUCUUAACUAAUCGUACGAACGUUUCUUAUACGGUGACGACGCAGCGGUUGAACGAAUCGCGACGAUUUACUCUGAUCAUUUGGAUAACGUAGAAAAUGUAUCGUAUCGUUUAUAGGAUCGUCUAAGGAUAGUCGUUUUAGAUUCUGAUCGAUCGUCUCCCUCUAUUUCUUUAUAUUUUUUGGCACGGCUGAGAUUAUGGUAUCAAGCAUGGUCUGUCUCUCUGCGGGCGAUUCGAGUUUCGUUUGCCAACGUCGAGAAAGACAAAGAGUGCGAGGAAAAAAAGAAGGGCGACCGAUCACGAAGAAGGUGGAGAGAAGGAGGAGGCGUAAACUGGCAAACAGCGCAAACGUAUGAAAACAAAUUACGAGGCGGCGUCUGUUUGUUGUGCUCCACGAAAGACAGAGACAGAGACAGAGAGAGAGAGAGAGAAUGUAGGAAGAAAGGAAAAGAGAGAGAAAGAAAAAUAUCGCUCUCUCUCUCUCUCUCUCUCUUUCUCGUACUCAGUUUCUUUCCAAUGUCGGUGCAUACAUACGAGUAGGCAGAGACGCCCCGUAGAUGGAUACUCGAAGAUGCAUUCCAUCCCUCCUCCUUCGACUCAUCUCUUCUUUCUCUUUAUCUCCUGUUCCUUCUUUACCAGCCACACAGAAGAUGCGUGAACACUCACUCGUUUGGUUCCGAUGUAUCCUUACAGGUCAGUGUAUUUCGCCAGGGAUAUCUGAUCGCUCGUAUCAACCUUUACUAGUUUCUCUAAACAUAAAUAGGAAAGUGGCACGACUUUGAAUCUUCCGAUACAAUGAUAUCCUUCGACUCACUCGCGAAUAUAAAAAAUUCGAUCGCGUAUAUUCGACAAGACGUAUUUCGUUAGUAGAAAAAGAAAGAAUAUGAAGGCAGAGUAAAUAGAGUCGUCUCCGUUCGGGUUCUUAACGUUUUAGAGAGAGUUUAGUUUGGCGUUUCUGUCGACGAUGCCUCGACGUAUCGAGCUAGGAAGGAACGAGAUAUAGUGACGGCGAUUAACUACAUUAUGUUCUCGGGGGGAUGCACCGUAUCAAAUUGAAUUCGGCGCACGCCAACGCAGCAGUGCACGAUUCGAGAUUCUGAACAUAAGCGGCGCUACAAGGCGAUAGACGAAUUACCGGUUCAAAGGGAAGUGGCGACGAUUAAGCAGCGAUGCAUUCCACAAAUGCGGUUAGCCGUGUACGAUGAGAGCACGAGGGCACGCGGAUGAUGCACCGCGAUGCUCUCGGCAUUCCGAGAGUAAUAUUAACGAUCGUCGAGAGUGCGCGAUAUGAUACGGGCUCGCGGGAGCUCGCCGAGGUCGAUUCGAACGAUACCAAUGCUGCCAAGGAAUUAUGGACUUUAAUUGGAACGGAACGCAUCGUGGAAUAUUCGACGUUUCUUCUGAUAUAUCGUACGCUUUAAUUAUUCUACAAUGAUUUUCUCUUUCCCUCUCUCUCUCUCUCUCUCUCUGUCUGUCUCUCUGUCUGUCUCUGUCUUUCGUGCUUACUCGUUUUACCUUUGUCUUUACUCGUUAUAAUCGAUGUCAGCAAUUCUCUCCCCAGUGAAUUCGAUUUAUAAUUGAUCGAUUGAACGAGCGAUGAUUCAAAGGUAGACAUAACAGAUAGAAAUAGAAAUGCCGAGAUGAUUAUCGCUGACACUUCGAUGAGGACGCGACGAGUAAUGCUGCGGCGCCGAUUGCACAAUGUUUCCAUUUAGCAGUUGUACGAGGCAAAACUAUCGUCUGUCUUUCUUUUUCAUCUGGUACGAUAGAGUUUGUAGAACAGUACAUUCACAGAAAGUAAUACAUUCGCGAUCUUAACAUCGGCAAGAUAAGUCUCUCGAAAGAUAGAGAUAGCUAUCAUCAUUCGUCCAUUGAAAAAGGAAGCGUAGCGUUAUAUUUUGACUAUCCCGUUCGAUGCGUUUUUUAUCCCGCCACAACAUCAUCAUGACGUCGUCCUCGUGGUUUCGACAAAAGGGUUCUCCCUCGACGAUAUUCGAUGCUUUGUGCCUUCCUUUUCUCAUGGGGGCCCCUCCCACGUACGCGUAUCGAUUUACGAAUUUAUUCUAUCCGGAAAUUUUAAAAGACAGAGAAAAAGAGAGUAAGAGAGAGAAGGAGAGAGGGAGGAGGAAAGCUAGAGGGAAAAAGCCGACUCUGUUAAGUUAGCAAAAAGCAACGGACGCAAUUUACAGGAAUAAAUGUUACGAAUUUAUCAGCUCUCUUUCUUUGCUCUCUAUCCAUUCUCUCUCUCUCUCUCUCUCUUUCUCAUUCUCAUUCUCUCUCUCCCUCUUUUUCUUUUUCUUAUCCCUUACGUCGGUCGACAAGCUCGUAUACCAAAUUUAUAUCGCGGAAGAUGAUCCACGGCGCGUAAACGCGCGCGUUUAUGGUAUGGCGUUGUAAAGAGCGAGAGAAAGAGAGAGCCGGAAACUGUGGAAAAACAAACGCGAAGGCACGAAGCCUCGGAAAACACUCGCGGCGCAUCCGUCGUUCCUAUACGUUUCUCCUCUCUCUUUCUCUCUCUCUCUCUCUCUCUCUCUCUCUCUCUCUCUCUCUCUCUCUCUCUCUCUCUCUCUCUCUCUUUACUCGUGUGGGCGAACAUAAUGAAAUAAGAGCAAACGGGGGCCGAAGGAAGGACGUCGAGUCGACAACGACGACGACGACGACGAAGAAGAAGAAGAAGAAGAAGAAGACGACGGCUAAAAGUCGAUUGGACGCAAGAGGGAAAGAGAGAAGGGAGGGUGGAGAGUAAAAGGCAGGGCCUUUGAUGUUUUCACGUACAAACUCGAUGCGUUCACGAGGUGGUCCCGACAGUCGGAUGCCACAAUGGCUAGAAGAAGGCCUACAAGGUGCUACGGUCACGUCGUUCUCCAUACUCAAUUAUCAUAUUGGGUCUGGGACUAGUUCCCCCUCUUUACCUCACCGUCUUUGCCCUCUCUACUUGUCUCCCUUCCUCCUCGUCGCUCCGUUAACUCUUUCGCUUUAUCUUUCUCUUUUCCUUUCGAUGAUUUCGGUCUUGUUUCUCUCACGUUCUCCACAACGUCAAGAUCACCCUCAUCUACCUUCUCUUUUCUUUUUCUUUUUACUCUCUCUUUCUCUUUCUCUUUCUCUCUCUCGUUCUCUCUUUCUCUUUCCUUCCUUCUCGCACCUAUUGUCGACCGACUGCCAGCAUAAUGCAUCUUAAACGGCGGCGCCUCAAAGAUCGACACCUCGGUUUGGCCUCUUCGGAAUUCUUCAAUAUAAAUUAGACUCUUGAAUGGGGAUUUCGGAUCGGCGGUAUCAUCGCACGAUGAGAAAGGAAAGAGAGACGGUGCAAGGGCACCAGAUAGGAAGAAGAAACGAGGGAAUGGAACGUCUGUGGACUCACAUAUGUAAUUUAUUUAUCUAUGCGCUCGAAUAUAUCGAAGCAUUCUGGCCCGACACCCUCCAUCCUUGUUGCCGGCAGCCGUCGUUCUGUCGCCUUUCUCGCAUUCUUCUUUUCUAAUUCCUUUCCUCAAACUUUUCAAAUCUUUCCAAGCAACUUCGAACGUACAAUUUUUAAUAACUCUCUUCUAAAGUUAGAGAUAAAUUUCUCUAUGUACACGCGUGUAUAUAUAUAUAUAUACAUAUAUGUAUUUUGUGACUUUGUUAACUUCGCAAUGCAGCAGAAUAAACUUUCGAUAGAGUUCGAUCGGAUCGAUCGGUUAGAAGAACGUAUAAUGAACGCGACCGCAUUCGAAUCGCGUUCUAGCCGUCUCGUGAACGAGAAAGGAAGAUACUAUAAUAGAGAACGCCGUAAAAGCGAAGGCUGACAGAGAACGAGAAAGAGACAGAGAAAGAGGAAGAAGAAACACGAAGGAAAGAAAGAGGGAGAAGGAAAUAGAGGGAGGAAAGGAGAGUAGCGAGUCGCGUAGAGAAGCCCACACGAGUCUGGCCGGAUACUCCCGCUUCCGGUCCAACACACGACCAAACGCAAGUUCUCUUUGGCUCUUCUUCUUCUUCUUUUUCCUUUCUUUUUUCUCUUCUUCUUCGUCUUCUUCUCUUCCUUUUUUUCUUUUUUUUUCUUCUUCGUAGGACAUCGUUGCGCGUAAAACAUUCCACGAAAUAUGUAGGUAUUACGUAUUUUACAUAUGCAAAAAGGAUACGUUCCAUCGAUGGAUUCAACAUCUUUCGUCCAAAGCGUUUUAAUAGGAACGACUUGAGAGAGCACCCUACGCUCUUAGAGAAAAAGAGACAACGACCCACACACGACUUCCAACGCAUUCGAAUCGUUCCACGCUUUUAACCUUUCGCCGUUCAUUCCAGUUCUUAUUAACGAUUUGCUUUCUGCUCCGUACUUCCAUUCGUUUGCGAAUUUAUUAUAGAAAAUUCAUGUACUUCUAUUUGAGAAUUCUAGUUGAAAUGUUGAUGAAAUACGAGGAAAAGAGAAAGAGAGAGAGAGACAGACAGACAGGCAAAUGGACAAAGAGAGAGAAAGAGAGAGAGACAGAGAGAGAGAGAGAAUGUUGAAAAGGCAAGAAAUUAACGAGAAAGAGAGAGAAAGAAGGAAAGUGGUGGGGAUAGGACGGUUUCCGUUCGUCGUCGGACGCAUUUCGAUGAGACAGAUUUAGACGGGAGGAAAAAGUGGGUGUAGGGGAUUACGUGGCCUGUUUACAGAGAGGAGUCGUGCCGCUCCGUGCGAGACGAAGAGAAAGAGAGCGCGAGGGGCGAGAGCGGGCACCAAUUUGAGAAUCGCCGACGACCCUGGGCACCGACGACUUCCGGCGGUUCCGUUGACCCCGCGCGCAACUUUCGCCGCCAGCUCUCCACCGCGCCCUGCCUCUUUGCGACUUCUGCGACGCAGAAAGCGAGCCCAGUCUCUCUUUCUCUCGACGGAGCAACAUUGAGGAGACGACAAGUACGAGUGGGGGAGGAAUAAACAGAUGGUCGGUCGUAUUUUGGUAGAAAUCUUUCGAUCAGCUGCCAACACCGAGACCAAACUCCCGGUUGAAGAAUACAUGAAAUACGUCCAUCAGAUAAGCGAUGAUCCAGAGCCUCCAAUUCGUUCGGACUUGGUGGAACAACUGCCAUACGUUGCCAUGAUCUGCCAGGACACUCCUCAUCUAUUUGGCGAUGUUCUCCAUAAUCACAUCCUUGGUAUUAUCAGAAAAUACCUUCUAGAUAUGGACAAUCAAGUACGACAAUCGGCGCAAGAGGCCUUAUUAGCUUUGAUCAAACGCGGCCUGUUAGACACGAAGACUAUUGAGACCGAAAUCUGCCCGAUAGUAGAGAGCUUAUCCCGCAUGACCAUCGACUACUUGAAUUCAGGCAUUUCUCUCAUGAGUAAAAUGGCACUGCUUAUUGGUAAAGAGCUCACAGAAAAGGUCUUCUUGGACAGAUACAUCGCUCUUUGUGGAGAUAAUGUCGUCCACGUAAGAAGGAUGUGCGUGGUACAUUUUGGAGAAAUGUGUGCCGCGGUAGGAAGGAAAGCUCUUCUUUAUAAACUGUUUCCAAUAUUUGUCCAAUUAUGUUUGGACAAUGUUUGGGGUGUUAGGAAAGCUUGCGUCGACGUAAUGAUGCCAGUUUCCUGUUGCGUCACUUAUCCAUAUCGUCGAAUACUUUUGGCGGAUAUUUUAGCAACGCAUCUCAACGAUGAUUCCAAAUGGGUACGAGCGAGCGCAUUUCAAAUUCUUGGUCCUUUCAUAUCUACUUUUGCGAAACAGUUCACUAAUGUGACGUAUAAUCAAGAUGGCGAAUUCGUUUUCACCAAUCAGCAGGACGAUAAUUUCAGUAUCGAUAAGAAUAACAGUGGUACCGAACGGGAUUUUACAUCGAGCAUACGAUACUCGUAUGAAGGAAUUUUUCCGACAAAGUGUGCGAUACGGAAUCAAACGUUGGAUUCGGAAGAUUACGACAUCAGAGAUGUACUCGAUAUCGGUUGUCUGAUGGAGGUGUACGAGCAUACUCAAAAAAACUAUAUGUCUAAUCUUCCCCUGAGAGCGCACAAGACGAAGCAGACGCAAAAGAAACAAGUGACGGAGAACGAACAAAAUGAUCCGGACGAUACCGAAAAAUUUAAUACGUUUCUCUAUUAUUACAUACCACCGGAAAUACCUCCCGACGAUCCCCUAGUCCAGGCAGCUCAAAAGUCGUCGGAAACGAAUAAGCCGGUCAAUGAAAAUGUGCAAGAUAAAAAGGAUGACCCUGCCAAAGCAACGAACAGUUCGACGAUAUCUAAGAAAAAAGAUGAAAGUACGGUGAAAUGUAGCAACGUCGAUAAUCGAAAGAUUGAUAAUAAAAAGCAACGGGAAGAGGAAGACGACGAUGAAGAUGAUAGUAGUCGUUCAUCGAUAUGGGCCGAUGACAGUAGCGAGACCAUAGAUAUAUCCAAUUUAUCUCUGGACAAGAGUAAUUUAAACGCGUCCUUAUUUCUCAGAAAACACGAAUCUAAAAAUAAUAAGCAAGACAUCGUACCUCAAGAUUUAGUUGACUAUUUUGUAUCGAUGGCCGAGCCCGAGCUAUGCGAGGAAGGAGAAAUUCCGUAUCACUGUGCCUUCAGUUUUCCCGCUGUUGCGUUGACAUUAGGAAAAGAGAACUGGCCUUAUUUGAAGAAAGCGUAUCAAUCGUUGGCAGGUGCGAAACAAUGGAAGGUCAGGCGUACUUUAGCCUCUAGCAUUCAUGAAAUAGCCAUAAUACUGGGCGAAGAACUUACUGCCACUGAUCUCGUGCCUAUAUACGACGGCUUCAUUAAGGAUCUUGAUGAAGUUAGAAUCGGUGUUUUGAAACACCUAGCGACAUUUCUUAAAAUACUCAAGCCUAACUAUCGUUGGCACUACUUACCAAGGUUACAUAAUUUUCUUGUCACGGAUAACGAGUGGAACUGGAGGUUUAGAAAGGAAUUGGCCACUCAAUUACUCGAGGUGGUUACUCUUUUUAACGCCAACGAUGUAGCGCAACACAUCGCACCGUUGUCUCUUAAAUUACUCAUUGAUAAAGUUGCCGCUGUCAGACAAGUUGCGCUUACACUGGUAACUCGAAUAAUCUCUCAUCUUUCUACCGAUGAACCUCUUGCCACGGCACUUAUACAGGAACUCAGAGAUACAAUUGCGAUUAAUACAAGUAAGUGGGUUCGCAGGCAAACCUACGCUCUUCUCUGCGCUCAACUGAUUGCUGGCAAUGCGAUUAGCGGAGAGAAAUUCGCCAAGGAAAUGUUACCGAGUCUACUAAAUCUUUCUUGGGAUAAAGUUCCAAACGUAAGACUGGCCGUAGCUAGGACAUUAUCGCAGAAUGUAAUUGCUAUGGGUAUAGACUGGUUAGGUUACGAUCAUGCAGAAAACGUAGAGAGAAGACUUAAGCAAAUGCGCUUAGAUAUCGAUCGAGACGUCAGAAUCUUGGCGGGAAGAGAAGAACAUCUCGUGUCGGAUGUACAAACGGAACAGGCUAGAAACAUAGUAUUUUAAUAUUUUAUGAUCUCUGUGGAUAAAUAUCCUUUUCACUAUAUCGAGGAUAAAAACAAACCGUUUAUGCCACACCGUUAAUUGCACGUGCAUCGGUUCUUCCACGCAAUAUCCUUCGAUCAUAGGAAUUAUUACGGCAGGAGAACUUGGAAUAAAUUGAGGAUAAAUUGAAUAGUCAAAAUAUUACAAGUAUUUAUGAUUCAACGAAGAACAACAUAAUGGAAAAAGACAUGUGAAUUGUCAGGCUGUCCGCAAUCUGAGCCGUGUAUGCCACUGAGGAGGAUUAAAGGAAACGUAUGAGUGAAGAAACAGUUUGUGAAUGUGUGUAGAGCGCGCGAGAAUGCAUGCGUUUAAUAUUGUGAUCAUUUUUUACGUGUAAGUGGCCCCUCGGAUAAGGCAGAUAUUAAUAGUUGAAAAAUAGCAUGCCGUCAAGACUUUUUAUAGUUUGCUAAAAGUAUAUACCUUUGGUUGUGCGAACCUUAGGUAGAACUGCGGAUGAAACACACUCAUGAUCAUAUUUUAUUUUAUGUUAUUCUUUUCUUUGUUUUAAUUGAUCGCUUCGAAGCAACUUUUUAAUUCAUCUUACUUUCUUUCUUUCUUUUUUUUUUGUUUUGCUUGGAAAGAACUUUGCAAAGAAAGUUUUAUAACCACGAGCGCGAAUACGUCCCGAUCUAUUUGAAAAUUUUACACGUUAUCGAGAGAAACGCCUACGCGCCUACGUCGGGGAAGAAAAAGAGAAAAUAUUCGCGCGACCGACGAUAAAUCUUUCUAACGUACAAUGUUCUAAAUAAGUCGUAAUCGCGUGACUUUACCGCGAAGAUACGCCGGAUAAAAUACGAGCGAACAAUUCAGUAAUAAAACUAUUCGUCGCUGCGCGAUAUUUCAUAUAUACGUUACGAGUUUGUAUCGAGCCGUUUAGAUUAGGAAGAUGUCAAAUAUGUCCACGAGAAUUUUUGCAAAUCCUCGCACUGCGCCAAAAUUUUGGAGGAGGAAAUUCUUGCGCGGACCAGUAAUUUUUGUCUAAGGCCAACUUUUAAACCGAUACCACGAUAAGAAUAGUUCAUAAGUCACGGACGAUUAAAUCAUUGUUGGAUAGUGUAUAAAUAGUGUACGAUACGAAUAUUUUAAGGAAGUACGAAACGGAUAGUGGGCUUAGGAUGAAAUACUGAAAUUUUUAAUUUAAAACAAAUUGUAUAGUGUUACAAAGUUGGAUAUGCGGACGUCGAUAGUUUUACUGGAUAUUAGAUGAUUUAAAUCGAACUUGCAAUGCCCAAAAAAUAUUUUACAUCUACUACCGAAGAAAAUCAAACGAUCACCUAUCAUUGGCUCCACGAAGGCGAAGAGCGAUUAAGCUACAGUAAUUAUCCUGUAUGCAACGAAUACAGUCGUUAAUUGUGAAUAUUUGUGAGAAAAGGAGAUGGUAUUGUUUAAAAUAUUCUGUAUAAUAUAUUGUGUGUGUAUUUCAUAAUAAGACAAAGAAAUAUACUUGAAGCGAUUUGUUACACAAUCA